GUCACCGGAUACAGAGGCGUAUGCUAGCUCCCUCCCUGUUUUUUUUUUCAGUCAGAUAGAGCGGAAACACGUGGGUAAAUAGGAAGGAACGUCAGGUGCGCGGGUUUAUGGCGUCUGUCUGACUGCAGUCUUUAGAAAUGGCGGCAAUUAAUGCAAUGGAGAAGAAACUGGCAGAGUACAAAUGUGACACCAAUGAAGCCAUCUGUCUGAAACUAGUGCGUUUUCCAGAAGAUCUGGAGGAUGAUAGCACAACAUUCCACCCAGAAUACAGUCACCAACUAUUUGGGGAUGAUGAAGUAGCAUUUGGAUACAAAGGCCUUCAAAUCCAGCUGUUUUGCAGUGCUGGGAACCUGACUACACUCCUUAAUGUCAAGUAUACAUCGAAAGUGACUGAUACCAUUGACUGUGUGGAGCCUGAUGAUGUUGAAAGUAAAAUCCGUGAAAUAAUCCCAGCCAGAUCCUGCAGCAACACAGAGGACUUUGUUUCUUUGUUGGAAAAAGAAGCUAAAUUCAAGCCUUUUGGAAGCCUGCUCCAUACGUAUUCGGUACAUAACGAGGAAGCAGGUGAAGAUAUUACCUACCAAAUCUACAAGGCUGAGAUGUCCUGUCCUGGCUUUAAAGAGUACCAUGAGAGGCUUCAGACCUUCCUGAUGUGGUUCAUUGAGACAGCCAGCUUUAUCGAUGUGGAUGAUGAAAGAUGGGACUACUUUCUUAUAUUUGAGAAGUAUAAUAAGGACGGAGAGACACUCUUCGCAACUGUUGGCUACAUGACGGUCUAUAAUUACUAUGUGUACCCAGACAAAACCCGGCCGCGUGUAAGCCAAAUGUUAAUUCUUCCCCCAUUCCAAGGAGAAGGUCAUGGAGCUCAGCUGCUUGAAGCUAUUCAUCGGUAUUAUCUCACAGCCCCUAAAGUUUUGGACAUAACUGCUGAAGAUCCAUCUGAAAGUUAUAUCAAACUCAGGGACUUUGUCCAUGCAAAACUCUGCCAGUCGUUGCCAUCUUUUUCACCAGAUCAACUAAUCCAAGGAUUUAGUCAUAAAAUGGUAGAAGAGGUCCAGGAAAAGUUAAAGAUAAACAAGAAACAUGCAAGACGAGUGUAUGAAAUCCUGCGUCUGCAUAACACAGACAUGAGUGAUCUGGAGCACGCAAAAGCAUACAGUUUGGAAAUUAAAAGAAGACUUGUCGGCCCAUACAAGAAAAACCAAAGGGAACUUGCCAAGAUGAGGAAGUGUCUUAGGCCUGAGGAGUUGGGCAAUCAGAUGAGCCAAAUAGACCUUAAGACGCAGCAUGAGGAACUGGAGAAGAGCUACCAAGAUCUUGUAGAAGAAUACAGACGAGUUCUGGAACGUCUUGCACAAGCGUGAAUCUUGUAUUCCUGUGUAUAAAUAAUACAAAAUACAAUUUCUUCAGUCUGUUAUUUAUUUUUUUUGUUUUGUUUUCCAGUGUCUGUCUAGCAGGGUGCAACACGUGUCUGCUUACUCGUGGCACUGUUAACAAACAUCUAUUAAACUAACUUACCAUCUGGUGUUUUUAAAGAACUGUUAAACAGUAAAAAAAAAAAAAGAAAA